ACCGGACUGGCAAAACUUGCAGAGUUAAACCUCACGGCGAGAGGCCAUUGAGCGUGAGAUUGCGCAAGUAUUGAUUACUUCCGUAUUUUAACCGUACCCUCUUCUCUUUCGGUAAUUUAUUUAUAACGUUAGCAGCUAGCGAGUUUAAGACUAUUACUCCAUUUUUGGCUCCUCUGAAGAGCUAUGCCUUCGGUCAAUCGGUCAAGAAGCCGCAGUACAGAGCCCCUGAGCAUCCACAAUAGAGAACGACAUGGUCGAUCUAGGAGUCGUUCUCGCAGUUUAAGCCCGGCGCAGCGGCCAAGCAGCAAUCGGGACCGGGACAGAAGCUUCACGGAAAGCCGGCAUUCCCGACGAUCCGAUUCUAGGGAGAGAUGUGGGACGAGAUUUCACAUGAAGAGCUCUCGCAGUCGAUCCAGGUCGAGGGAAAGAGUGACCUGGUCCAGCCAGCGGAAUGCGAGAGAAGACCACGGAUCACGGUUUGGCCGCUACGACAAAAGAGAUGAUUUUUAUCAGCAGAAAGAAGAAACUUUUUUCGCCAGACGGCUACAGGAACGGGAGAGGAUUGGAGAAUUGGGGUCACCUGAAGUGUGGGGCUACUCGCCAAGAAUAAGAGAACCAGAUUCUGAUGAGCACACCCCUGUCGAAGAGGUGAAAAUCAGUAGCAGUUCUGAUUCAAGUUCCGAAGAGGAAAAGAGGAAGAAACGGAAGAAGAAGAGAAAGUCCAAAAAGAAAAAGCACAGAAAACAUUCUGAAGACAGCGAGUCUGAGACUGACUCUGAGGAGGAAGAAGUGAAAAAGAAGCGCAAGAAGAAAAAAAGCAAAAAGAAGAAGUCAAAGAAAAACAAGAAGAAGAAGAGCAAGAAGGGCCGCAAACAGUCAAGUGACUCCAGCAGCGAGCAGUCUGAAGAGGAGGAGGAUGAGGACCAUAGCGGAGGGCUGUGGGUGGAGAAAACAUGCCCAGAAGCCCACAUCGUGGGCCCGGAGGUUCCCCUUACUCUCCUGCCCCAGGACGACAGACCUCUGGAUUUUGGCCACGCGCUGCUGCCAGGCGAAGGUGCCGCCAUGGCUGAGUAUGUGAAAGCAGGCAAGCGCAUCCCGCGGAGAGGCGAGAUUGGGCUGACCAGUGACGAGAUCGUAAGCUUUGAGAAACAAGGCUUCGUGAUGAGUGGCAGCAGACAUCGGCGCAUGGAGGCUGUGCGUCUGAGAAAGGAGAACCAGAUCUACAGCGCGGACGAGAAGCGAGCCCUAGCCUCCUUCAACCAGGAGGAGCGCAGGAAGAGGGAGAGCAAGAUCCUGUCCAGUUUCCGGGAGAUGGUGCACAGGAAAACUAAAGGCAAAGAGAAAGCGUAACCGACAGAAGCUCAAACCUGGAGACUUCAGAGAUUUGAAUUUGGGAUAGGUGAUUUUUGAUAUUUUAACAUGGAAUGUACAUUAUUUUAACUUAAGACUGUACUUUUAAAAAUCGUGUCCAUUUUACAGUGUCAUUUUAUGAAGUGACAUUAACAUUCCAAUACUUUUUGUGCUGUAAUGGAUGUUCUUCUGAAUGGAACAAUUUCUGUAAACUUAGAAGAAAAACUCCAGGAGAGAGAGUAUGUUAUGGACAUGUCACUAUGGGUGGAAUUUGCACAAAAUGUUUUUUCUAUCUGCUUUGUAUCACAUUUGUAAGUUUAAUGAUAAUAAACCCAUCUGAAUGAGAUCAGAUUAGAAUGUGUUGGGAAGUAAUUCAGCAAAGUAACAAUCCCUCAUAAUAAUGCAUCAAGGUGUAUGUAAU